ACAGCGAGUUAUAUCCGCGCGAGAGAAACGCAGAUGUACUGAUACAGGAGGAUUCAGGGGGAUUUUACGGACAGGACACGAUGAGCUGGUUCGGUAGGAGCACACUGAUCGGUCUCGGCGUCAGUGUGACUCUCAGCACCGGCCUGAUCGCAUUAUUGAUCAUUAAAGAGGCUCUCAGGCGGAGAAACAGACGCCUUUUGCUGCACAACACGAGCUCCGGGUCGCAGAAUGACGCAGUGGACUCUGCGGCUCUUUCUGCAGCAGUGAGGGGUUUGUCUCCUGAGCAGCAUGUGGAACUGAGGAAGACUCUGGAUGAGGUGAUGAAGAGUGUGUCCAGUCUGAAGAAUGAGAUCGCAGAGCUGCGUGAGGGUCUGAAGGACAUCACCACCACCAUCGCUGAAGAUGUGAAGAAGACUGUGGAGGAGAGUCAGAGAUCGCGGCGUCGGCGGACGCUCAUGCCGAGGGAACGCUCUGAAUCUGUGAGCUCCAGCUCCAUUUAUUUCACCGCCAGUGCCGGGGCCGCCAGUCAAUAUGACGACAGUGAAGUCGGAUACUCCACGGCAUAUUCCAACGUUGAGUCCGACUACACGGACAGAGAGACGGAUAAAGAUGGUGAGGAUGACGGCAGAGACUCGGAUGAGGAGGAAGAGCAGAGCUGUGCCACGGUGCUCACGCUUCAACAGGACGAUUCGCAGCUUGAGGAAGAGGAUGAUGAAGAUGCCGGGUUAAUGGUGGACACUUUAACGGACAGUCCCAGCCCUGAACUCUCCCUCCUGCUCGCCCAGUGUGAUCUGCUGCACGCAGGGGACUCUGGGAAAAAAGCAGAGGGCUUCAAGCUGCUGACGGAGAACAGACCACUGUAUGCCGAUAACAUGGAGUUUAUGUGGCGACUGGCUCGUGCCUACAGCGACAUGUGUGAGACGACAGGCAACAGAGAAGAAAAGAGAAACUACGCAGAGCAAGGUCACUAUGAAGCCGAGGCAGCGCUGACGAGGAAUGGACUGAGUGCAGAUUGUCACAAGUGGUUUGCCGUCCUCGUGCGCUUGUCUUCACAGUACGAGAGCAUUCACGGGAAACUGAAAAGCGGCCGCGUUCUGAAGGAGCAUUUGGAUCGAGCUUUGGCUCUGCGUGACGAUGAUCCGACCUGUUUCUACCUGCUCGGCCGCUGGUGUUUAGAGGUGAGCUCUCUGGGUUGGCUGGAGAGGAAAGCUGCCGCCACACUUUAUGAAACUCCUCCUACAUCCUCACUGAAUGAAGCUUUGGAGAACUUCCUCAAGGCGGAAGAGUUAAAUCCUGGAUUCUCUAAAACAGUCCGGCUUUAUAUCGCCAAGUGUCAUAAGGAGCUCGGAAACGUGUCAGAGGCCAGGAAUUGGGUCCAGUUAUCUCUGAGCACACCAGCAGGAGCAAAUGAGGAUUCUGACAGCGCCGCUCUACAGGAGGAGCUGAAGGCUUUGAUUGACUGCACUGCUGACCUAUCUAAAAGCAGUAUCGAUCAUUAGGGUGGGGUCUAAUGAAAACUGUGAUCUAUUUUUUUUUUUUUACAUUUCACCAAAUAUGUGCUCUAUUUUAUUUA